AUGGCGCAGCCCAUGGUAGUUUGCGUCACUGGGGCGAGUGGCUUCAUUGCCUCUCACAUUGUCAAGCAGAUGCUCGAGAGAGGCCACACUGUACGCGGCACAGUGCGGGAUGCGCUGGACAGUCGCAAGACGGAACACCUGAUGGCCUUGCCUGGAGCUGCUGAGCGCCUGAAGCUCUUCUCAGCCACCUUACUGGAGGAGGGAUCCUUCGACGAGGCCAUUAGCGGCUGCCAAGGCGUUUUCCACGCCGCAUCACCCUUGGUGCCCGGCAAAGGCGGCCCCAAACUGGGGUGGUGGGACAGCACCAGCAGGGUAGCAGCGAUCUUGGACCAAGAAGCUGGCAAAGUCAUGGGCCCUUGUCUUGGUGUGGGCAAGGAACAGGCGAGCGUCGAGGACCCAGAGACAUUGGUCUUGCGGCCAGCUGUGGAGGGCACGCUGAACGUGUUGAGAUCAUGCAAAAAGGCCGGCAACGUCCGGUCGCUGGUCGUCACUUCCAGCAUGUCUGCGGUGGCGCCCAACCCAGAGCCACCAGUGAAAUCCGAGGACCAUUGGUCGGACCCAGAAGAGCAAAAGGCGCGUGGCAGCUUCUACGGUGCUUCCAAGACCCUGGCGGAACGGGCGGCGUACGACUUCGUGGCCAAAGAGAUGCCAAGUACCCGUUUGGCCACCAUUUGCCCAACCAUGGUGCUGGGACCUAUGUUGCAACCCGAGGUGAAUAUGACCAUGGGAUCUUUUCGGAACUGGCUCUUGAAGGGCGUCGCGGGGCCGGAUGGAAAGUGCCGCAACGACUCCAUGAGUUUCGUCGACGUGCGCGACUGCGCUGCGCAGCAUGUGGCAGCCAUGGAGUUGGAGAAGGAAGGACGCUUCAUGAGCUUGGAUCGCAGCCUUCACUGGAAUGACUUGGCGCUGCUGAUGAAGGAGCUGUAUCCUGCCAUGCCUUCUGCCGAGCCUUUCAACGGGGAACUGUGCAAGGUGACCGAGUUCGACCGGACACGACAAGAGAGUUUGGGCGUUCCCGUGCGCAAAAUCCCGGAGAUUUUGAAGGAGGCAGCAGACGAGCUGAAGCGCCUUCAGGCCCUGACCGGGGAGCUGCUGCCAUUGCUGGAGAAGGCGCCUUCCGCUCGGGUGGUGGUGGUGUCCAGCACAGCCCACCUGGGAGCUAACAAAGAACUCAUGGAAGGAGACCUGAUGGCUCCGGAACGCUACACCCAAUGGGGUGCAUACUGCCAGUCCAAGUUGGCCAACGUUCUUUUUGCGAAGGAGCUGAACCGAAGGUUUCAGGAGGAGGACUUCCGGAGAGCCAUGGCAGGCAUUGCUUUGGAGGUUGCCUCCUCUCAGCGCCCACAGAUGGACGAAAACGCCGAUGAGCUCGGGGAGACCCCCAUGACAGAGGUGGAAUCCAUGACAGAGGUGGAAUCGCUGAUGACGCCAGUUCGAUCAUAUUAUGACAAUGACAAGGAGGCAGCCCGCGAGUUGGCCGAACGUGGCAUACAGGUUCCGCCCAAUCGUCUUCUUCAUGACUUUG